GAAUGUCAUUUGGUUUGACUUUGAAGUCAGACCUUGAUUAAUUCUUCCACCAUCAUUACCCCUUUGGUAUAGGCUGUGAAUUCUGGGCCUCUGUUAAUCACAUCACCUUUAAUGGGUCUCUGGUCUGUGGCUCAGACUUGAGUCUAAGUUAACCUUCCAUUCAAGGCCUCUCUGAAAUAACUUCGGAAUUGGGUUACUAUUCCACCACCAGUGCCCCUCUGAUUUGAUCUUUAGGCAGGGUAUUGUUCAUGUUUUCUCCAUCCAUACACUCUGAUAGAGGUAUUGAAUCUUAGGACUUUCUUAACUAUUGCAACCAUCAGAGUUCCUGUUUUGUAUAGAACAUGAAACUUUGUUAACUCUGCAAUCCUGUUCCAGGCUGACUUCCAAUCCAGCCAUUUGUUAAACUGUUCUAAAACCAAUGUCUCUUAGGUUUUACCUCGAACCUCUGACUCUAUGAACUCUUUUAGUUUUGAUAUGGGCUGCAAAAGGCCAUAUAAGCCUACGAACUAAGGUGGGCAGAAGUCCAGGCUGUAAAUGACAGGUGAAGGCAGGCCCUUCCGUGUUCAAAGGAGCCAAUGGAGGACCGGUGGGCAGUGAGUGACAGACGGGGACGGGUCCUGACGCCUAGGAGAAACAAUAGGAAGGCGGGAGGGCGCCGAGGCCAGGUGGGGAGAGGUGGGCGAGUAUGUGUGAGCCCCCUUAAUGAAAUGUAUGAUGUCAAAGGUCUCUUCCCUUUCUCCAGACGUUUUAGGAAUCCGCUUCUGCAUACGAAUCUCCCGGGAGGUGCUCUGUCCGGCCUUCCCACUUUCCCCCCUUCCCAUCCUGCCAUAUCGCCACGCCUAUGCUCAUGCCGUGCCUCUUCUGGUGGCCGGGAACGCCCACUCACCCGCCCGGGACAGUCGCGGCCCUUCCAAGCCUCAUACUGCUUUCGUAGGAUCAAUUUCGAAUAUCCAAACUCGGAUAUAUCACGAGGACUCCCCCGGGCCCCCAAACGCACCUCUCCUCUGGCUGGAAUGGGAGCCUCCAGAAGCAGUGCGAGACCACGGCCAGUGCCAGAGGUCCUGGCGCUGGCGGAAUGACGCCAUUUUUAUUACUGGUAGAGCUCGGCUUCGCGGCUGUUUCGGAGCCAGCGAAAGAUAAGCUCCCGCGUCACCCUGACAUCUCCCGGGGAGGACUGGAAGGGGAAAUGGCCUUUCGGGGGAUGUUGAACGCAUUUGGGCAGGCGGGAAGCCAAGCCCAGCUUGAAAGCAGAGCCGGGGGUGAGGGGCCUGGCUGAGCGCUGCGGGUCUAUGUGAUCAGUGACGGAUGGGGACAAGUGGAGGGCCUAAGGAGGGGAUUGAGUGACGUGGAUAACAGUGAUAGGGGAGUCUGUGGGACCAGGGGUAACAGUAUGUGGGUUACGCGAAUGGGAGUUUGUGGGGUGACGGGAGAUCUGUGCGGUGCUUGAUGAUGUCUGUAAGGGACAAAGUUCUGGAAAUGGAAUUACCGAGUCAGACGAGAAACACAAGUCAUCAAUGAAUUAACAAGCAACACAUUGUCACAUCCAGCUAUUGAAGAGUGAUUAAUUCAGCUUGAUCUCCUAGACUCUUCUGCACCCCACCCCGUCCCCAAUUGCUUUCCAAAGAGAAACAGAAAAUGAUUGAGUCCCAGGAACCAGUGACAUUUGAGGAUGUGGCUGUGGACUUCACCAAGGAAGAGUGGCAGCAGUUGAAUCCUGCUCAGAAGACCCUACAUAGGGAUGUGAUGCUGGAGACCUAUAGUCACCUGGUCUCCGUGGGGUGUUCAGGUAUAAAACCAGACGUAAUAUUUAAGUUGGAACAUGGAAAGGACCCAUGGAUCAUAGAGAGUGAGUUGUCAAGGUGGAUCUACUCAGACAGAGUGAAAGGCCUUGAAUCUUCCCAGCAGUUCACUUCUGGAGAACUUUUAUUUCAAAGGGAGAUACUAGAAAGAGCCCCAAAGGAUAAUUCAUUGUACUCUGUUUUAAAAAUCUGGCAGAUAGAUAGAUAUCAAGGAAAUCAAGACAGAGUUUUGAGGCAAGUCACAGUCAUCAGUCGUGAAACAUUGACUGAUGAGACGGGUUCCAAGUAUAGUGCAUUUGGGAAAAUGUUCAAUCAGUGCACAGACCUUGCUCCUUCAAGUCAAAAAUUCCAUAAGCUUGAUUCAUGUGAAAAUAGCUUGAAGUCCAAUUCAGACUUACUAAAUUAUAACAGGAGCUAUGCAAGAAAGAAUCCCAUUGAGAGAUUUGGAUGUGGGAGACCACCUAGGUAUAAUGCUUCCUGUUCUGUGCCUGAGAAGGAAGGCUUCAUUCAUACUGGAAUGGAGCCCUAUGGAGACAGUCAAAGUGAAAAAGUUCUCAGUCAUAAGCAAGCCCAUGUUCAGUAUAAGAAAGUUCAAGCCAGAGAGAAACCCAAUGUUUGUAGUAUGUGUGGGAAAGGUUUUAUCAAGAAGUCACAGCUCAUUAUACAUCAAAGAAUUCAUACGGGAGAGAAACCAUAUAUAUGUGGAGAUUGUAGGAAAGCCUUCAGUGAGAAAUCACACCUCAUUGUGCAUCAGAGAAUUCACACUGGGGAGAAACCCUAUGAAUGUACUGAGUGUGGAAGAGCAUUCUCCCAGAAGUCACCUUUCAUUGUUCAUCAGAGAGUCCAUACUGGAGAGAAACCCUAUGAAUGUUUUGAGUGUCCAAAAGCUUUCUCCCAGAAGUCACAUCUAAUUAUACAUCAGAGAGUUCAUACCAGAGAGAAGUCCUUUGAAUGCAGUGAAUGUGGGAAAGCCUUCUGUGCAAUGUCUCAUCUUUAUAUACACCGGAUAACUCAUACUGGGGAGAAGCCCUAUGAAUGUACCGAAUGUGGGAAGACCUUCCCUCGGAAAACACAGCUCAUUAUACAUCAGAGAACGCAUACUGGAGAGAAGCCCUAUAAGUGUAAUGAAUGUGGGAAAACUUUCUGCCAACAGUCCCACCUCAUAGGACAUCAAAGAAUUCAUACAGGAGAAAAACCUUAUGUGUGUACUGACUGUGGGAAGGCCUUUUCCCAGAAGUCACACCUCACUGGUCAUCAAAGACUUCAUACUGGAGAGAAACCUUACAUGUGUACUGAAUGUGGAAAAUCCUUCUCUCAGAAAUCACCUCUUAUCAUACACCAGAGAAUUCAUACAGGGGAGAAACCUUAUGAGUGUGGUGAAUGUGGCAAAACCUUCUCCCAGAAAUCGCCCCUCAUUAUUCAUCAGCGAGUUCACACAGGGGAGAAACCCUAUGAGUGUACCGAGUGUGGGAGGGCCUUUUCCCUGAAGUCACAUCUCAUUCUACAUCAGAGAGGUCAUACUGGAGAGAAACCCUAUGAAUGUAGUGAAUGUGGAAAGGCCUUCUGUGGGAAGUCUCCACUCAUUAUACAUCAGAAAACCCAUCCUAGGGAGAAACCCCCUGAAUGUGCUGAGUCUAGGAUGACGUUUUUCCGGAAAUCACAGAUGAUUACAUAUCAGAGAAGACACACUGGGGAGAAACCCUCCAGAUGCAGUGACUGUGGGAAGGCCUUCUGCCAGCAUGUAUACUUCACUGGGCAUCAGAAUCCAUAUAGUAAAGACACCUUGUAUAUGUGCUGAUUGUGGGAAGGUCUAUUCCCAGAAGUCAGUCCUCACUGUGCAUGGGAAAACUCACAUUGAACAGAAAUAGUGACAACAUCUCAGCUGUAGAAUAGACUCAUAUGUUCCCCAGUAUAUAUGAUUACCCUUCCACAGAAUGAUCUGGUUAGGCCCUCAGAAUAUUUUCAACACCACAAAUAUGGAAUUGAUUUGCUCACCCUCAAAACUAUCUUGGCCCCCUUCACAGGAUAAAUGUAUCUGGAAGAAUUAGCACUACUUUAGUGUUGUCUGGUCCUAAAAUGGUUUAUAGAA